AUGCAGACUGGUUUGCAAAAGAGGAAGUCACGUUCCAACCAAUUGGCAAAGGAUACCGAUGAAAAGCAAAGAUCAAAAAAUGUUGCCGAAGAUAUUUCAGCGGAGACAGAUAAUGGAGGAAAUAAAAAUUCCUCAUCAAAGAUGAAUACUGAGAAUCAGGAUAGCGAAGAAGAAGCGGAAAUUCCUACUAUUGAUGCAGAAAUUGAUGAUGAGAAUGAGAACGUAGAAGAGUCGCCAAGUGAUUUUAGCACUCCAGAACUGUCUGAAGACGACUAUGAAAAUCCGGAAGAAGAUGAGCAAGAAUUAGACGACGAGAUUGAUGCUGGCUAUUCUUCCGACUCUUCCACUGAAAACGCGCCAGGAGGAUUAUAUCCAUCUCCUGACGAUGAUAAUCUUUACAUAAACUACGAUAUAGAUGGAAAGAAAAUCACACGCCCUGCAACACCAGCUGCGCUUGAUUCUUUGAUCUCGAGUAUCGAUAAAGACAAGGGAUGGACAGGUAUUGUCGAUCCAACGACCGGUCAACCUGUGAACUUAACCACUGAAGAACUUGAGUUGUUGAAGCGUCUUGCCCAAUCUCAAGUCCCAGACGAAAACUUCGACCCAUACCCUGACUAUGACGAUUUCUUCACAAAAGAUGUUCAACUUACUCCGGUUUCUAGUGCUCCUGAACCGAAAAGACGUUUUGCUCCUUCCAAACACGAAGAAAAACGUAUUUUGCAACUUGCUUAUGCUAUUCGUAAAGGUCAUAUUCUGACACCUGCCCAACGAACUGAACAGGAUAAAGAGCAUAGAUCAGAGUUUGCUGAUCGUGAUUUGUGGGAUGAUGACGAGGAAGCUACAGUUAGUAAGCAACUUGAUUAUGCACCUGCUCCCAAGCUUCCCCCUCCAUCUCAUGAAGAGAGUUACAAUCCUCCUGAAGAAUACCUCAAGAAGGAUUCUAAGAAAUAUCCUUCAUUGCGCCUUGUACCUGCUUACAGCAAUUUAAUUAAGGAGCGUUUCGAAAGAUGUUUGGACCUUUAUUUAGCUCCCCGCGUUAGACGAUCUAAGCUUAAUAUUGAUCCCGAAUCUCUUCUUCCCAAAUUGCCUAGUCCUUCUGAAUUGCGCCCUUUCCCUACUCGCUGCACUAACGUUUAUAUUGGUCACAAAGGUCGUGUACGUAGUAUUUCUGCACAUAAGGAUGGUAUUUGGCUGGCUAGUGGUGGUGACGAUGGUGUCUUACGAGUUUGGGAAAUCCUCACUGGCCGUUGCGUUUGGAAGUGUGCUUUGGAUGGAUUUGGAAAUGUGCGAGAUGCCGAGUCUGAUACAGAGGACACCGAAAAGGCUAAUAAAUCUUCCAUCAUCCAAUCUCUUGCUUGGGGUCCUCUUUCCGAGGUACCAGUCUUGGCUGUCGGAGUUGAUGAAACCCUUUAUUUCAUUACUCCUCCACUUUUCUCUUCUGAGCAGAUGGAAAACAGUAAAGAGCAUUUUACUUCGAACCCGUAUCAAGAAUCCAGUGCUGUUUGGCAUAGAGGUUCUAAGAAAUCAUUGAAUUUGAAUGGUGCCAUUGUUCAUGCAACUGUCAAUACCUCAUACUCUAUCAAAUCUUUAUCCUGGCAUCGUCGUGGUGAUUAUAUUGCUACAUGUUCCCCAAUUGCAUCUGGCCGUGCCGUACUUAUUCACCAGCUUUCAAGAGGAGCUAGUCAAUCUCCUUUCUCGAAAUCUCGUGGUUCUGUUCAAUCCAUCGCUUUUCAUCCAACCCAACCCUAUCUUUUAGUAGCUACCCAGCGUUAUGUUCGGAUUUACAAUCUUGUCAAGCAAGAACUUGUGAAAACGCUUCUCUCGGGUGUUAAGUGGAUUUCUAGUAUCAGCGUACAUCCCAGCGGUGACCAUCUCAUUAUUGGAUCUUAUGACAAAAGAAUUUGUUGGUUUGAUUUGGAUCUUUCUUCUAAACCUUACAAGACACUGCGCUAUCAUACCCGCGCUGUUCGUGAUGUUUCUUAUCAUCCCACAUUACCUUUGUUUUGUUCUGCUUCGGAUGAUGGUGAUGUUCAAAUUUUCCAUGGACGUGUCUACAAUGAUUUGCUCGCUAGUCCUCUAAUUGUUCCGCUCAAAAUUUUACGCAAUCAUAAAGUUGUCGAUAACGUUGGAGUUCUUUCGAGUAGCUGGCAUCCCCGAGAGGCUUGGCUAUUCACUUCUGGUGCUAGUGGUGAAAUUAGAAUGUGGACUUAG